AUGUCUUCCCCUCGCUCCGAGUACUCUGAUGCUGCUUUUGAUUUUGACGCAUCUUCUAUUGUAUACCGCCCCAUGAACACCCGUGACAUGACCCAGGUCGAGGCUCUCCACAAUGAGCUUGUCAAACAACGCCUGCCUCCGAUGUUCCUCCACCAAUCACUCUACCACCCACACCGCCGCACAGUCGUAGCUGAAUACUCAACCAAGACUGGCAAAUCGUUUCUCGUCGGAUUCGCUUCAGCCCACGUUACAACCAAGCCCGACUGGCCAGCAGUCCUUGAGCCCGAGGUCGAUUUGUUGACUCUCGGUGUCCGAGCCGAGUACCGCCACCACCACAUUGCGGAGAACCUGAUCAAGACCGUGACGGCUUCGUUGAUCAACACCUGUCGCUUCAAGGCGGGCGAGCAGGGCGCAAUCGUCCACGCUGAUAUUCGAUGUGGACAUGCGAACCGGGCAUUCUUCGAACGAGGAUUGUCUUGGGAAGAGGACAAAGAAUUCCAGAGGACCUUGCCUUGGGCGAGGUGCGAUGCGACUCGCUUCGUUACCCGUGUCGCAAUCUAA